AUGCCCUUCCGCCGGCGGCCAGAGGUGUUGUAUGCGACAUCGAUGUCGGAGGUGCGAGGCCAAUCGCGUGUCUUGCGGAUCGAGUUUAGGGAGAAACUGGCGGACUUGAUCAAGGGUCUAUUGUCUGCCAAGAUGGUCAAUUACGGACUUGAUCAAGGAUCACCAUGGGCCUCCCCGAUUGUGGUGAUCAUCAAGAAGAACGGAGUGGAUAUCAGGUUACGCAUCGAUUACCGGUUGGUUAACAGUCUAACCCAGCUGAUGAUCUACCCAAUGCCCUUGAUCAACGACCUACUUGAAGAUCUAGAGUCAACACUCUGGUACUGUUCUUUGGAUAUGGCUAAUCGUGUUCGUUUGAUCUCGGCUUUUAUCACUCCUUUUGGGUUAUUUGAGUGGAAUCGAAUGCCUUUCGGCUUGAAGAAUGGGCCCCAGAUCUAUCAACGUAUGAUCGACAACGCGCUAUAUGGAUUCACCCGAAUCCCGAAGUCUGAAGAUCACGGAAGUACUUUGAAUGUGUUUGAGGACGGGGAACUGGUGGAUCCAGGCAAGCCUUCGGUGCCUAUGCGUAGAUCAUAUAUCGACGACAUCCUAAUCCCAGCCAAUAACUAG